GAAAUUACAGAUCCACUCUCCUCAUCACGAGAAGAGAAGUUUCACAGCUUCUCUCCCCAUGGCACUCAUCAUCAAGAGCGCAAUCAUCGCUGUGUUCUUGGUUCUUGGAGUCAUGUCUUACACAUCCGUAUAUUGCAUCGGUGCAAUCGGCACGGAGGACACCCCUGCUCCCAAGCCAAAACCUGGGAUGCCGUGCUUCCACGCCGGAACUUCACAGUACCCCUGCACAACGGACGGGUGCCGCAGGUUAUGCGAGCACCAACACCACAGGAGCGACAAGGCCUACUGUAAAAGUAUUUCUCCAGGAGAAUGCUGCUGCCCAAACGAAUAGAGGAUGUUUUCGUGUGUUUGAUGACGACAUUAAUAAAAUAAAACAUGCAUGAUUGCGUUUG